UCCAAUCUGCAUUUAUCUUUAUAUGUGAAUAAGAAUCAGGACAAAAUUGGAGACUGUACAAGAACUAGAGCAUAUUUAAAACCAUGCUUGCUCUUGAAGAUAAGACAGAAGAACCACUUGGAGAAAUCCUCUCCUCCUUCUCUCAAUAAAAUCACAAAUGCUGCUAAGAGACACCAUUCACAAAAGCAAGGUUUUAUUCCACAAAAGCCUUAGAAAAUUCAGGUCUUUAUUCCGUGGAGGGUACCAAAAACUACCAAGAUCACUCUCCUUCAACACUUUACUUUGUGGAAGUGGCAAUGCAAGAACUCACACAACAAGUGACCAAUUCUACAAUGAGUUCUAUGAUCACUUGCAGUAUGAUCUCAGCAGAAUGAAGAGGUUUUGCAGCAACAGCAACAACAUAACAAAUUCCAAGUCAAAAGAGCCAGAAAUUGAAGAUAUUGUGAGUUUUGCAAAGCAAAGUCCACAAAAGAGCUUUCAUGAAGACAUGCCAAAGGAGGAGAAGAAGAAGAAGAAGAAAAACAAAGGGAACUCAUCACAAGUAAGAAAUAAGGAGGAUUCAACAAAGGGAGCUAAUGUUUUACUUUUAGCACAGAAGAUGAGAGAAUUAGAUAUGGUUGAUGAGGGUGAUCUUGAGGAUGUACUAGACAUAGAAGAGGCACUACAUUACUAUUCUCGCCUUAAAAGCCCUGUCUAUUUAGAUAUCGUGGACCAGUUUUUCAUGGAUAUGCACUCAGAGCUAUCGUUUCCACAGCCCUCUGUUAGCAUCAGAACCUCAAAGCAGAGACUUGGUUCAAUCAGGUUGUAGAUAAGAUAAUCAUAAUUCCCAAGGCAUUGCAGGUUUCAGUGUAUAGCAAAAUGUUUUUAUUUCACUAUUUUGUGUCUCUUGUGUUGUGUCCUUUUUCCACAUGUUGUAUCAUAUAUGAUAAAACUGAAAAUGAGUUUAUGUGGUUCAGUUCCCACUUUUUAGAAAUUUCUUCCUUUUCCCUGUGUUAUUGCUCUUGUAUGACAUACAUGAUUUA